UUUUCCUGAAGUUCUACGUUGCUGCGUUUUCGCGCUUCCUGUGCUGUGCUGUGAAAAGAAGGGAAAAGACUUACAGCGCGCGGCUUUGCUUUUCACCAUGUCAGUCCCUACGGAUAAGACCGGCAGUCAGGGCCUGGGGCCGUUGAGCCUGGGACUGUCGUACACUUUGGCUGGGAUCGCCACCUUCACCGUCAUCGCCCGGUUCAUCAUCAAGCGGCGGACCUCGAAGAAUUGGAGCCUCGACGACUGGAUCAUGCUUCUGGCAUUGGCUAUCCAGUUCGUGUUUCAAGCCUUCUUCCACGAGAUCAUUUCCUGGGGCGGCGGCCUGCCGUUCGAUCAGCUGGAUCCGCUUCAGAAGCAGCAGACGAGCAAAUGGGGCUGGAUCUCAGCUGUUCCGAGUAUUCUGGUUUCGUGCAUAGCCAGAAUAUCCAUUACCAUUCUGCUGGUCCGCAUCUUCGGCGUCAGGAGGUGGUUGAAAUGGUAUCUGAUUCUGUUCACCUCGUUCCUUUCCGUCCUCUCGCUCCUCUCAAUCAUCUUCCUCGUCGCCCAGUGCGUUCCCUUCUACGGGCUCUGGACUCCAAUGAUCAAGGCUAAACGAUGGAACCCCUACAUCUAUCCGUAUACUGCUAUUGCCACGCAAUUCCUGUACGCCCUAUCUGACUUGACCUUCGUCCUCUUCCCGGUCCUGGUCAUCUCGAAGCUCAACAUGCCUCGGCGCCGCAAGAUUGCCCUCGCGACGAUCCUGGCACUGUCGCUCAUCACGCUCACCAUCAUCACCACGAAGAUCGCCGUGGCUCUCCUGCGCCUGACCACGCAGGUCACAUCGGUCACGCUCGUCCGAUACUACCAGACUCUGACGAACCUGUUCGCGGCCCUGGAGCAAUGGCUCGUCAUCAUCAUGGGCUGCAUCCCGACGCUGAAGAUCCCCGCGCACUUCAAGCUGCCCACGUUGGAGGACAUGGGGUCGUGGGUCGCCAGCCUCGUGCCGUCUUCCUGGUCGACGCGGAGCAGACAGUCCUCCGCCUACAACUCAGCCGACAACAACUCCUCCUUCCAGGAGCUGGAGCUCGUGCCGAAGCUGCGCAUCCCCGACGAGGCGAAGCCGUAUACUGUGACGCUCGGGGCAGAGAAGUCGGAUUUGUCUCAGCAGACGACGCCCGACAAGAAGAUCAUGCAGCGGACGGAGUUCUCCGUUGAAUAUAACUGAAGGGAUGGAAUGAAGAAAGAAAAAAAAUAAUGUAUAGCAAUACGAGUGAUGAUGAUGCAGCCUAGUUGAGAUGAUGAAAUAUUCAAUGAUCAAUGGUUGCCACGCCAUUCUAAAAAUAUGCCGUAUCAUGUCAUGUGAGAUCCAGCAGUCUGUGUACCCUCUUCACCAACUAUGACUAUGUAUCCAAUUUCCUGAUAAACCGGGGGAGUUAUCUACAUAUUGUGAUAAGAGGAAACCCCAUAGAUAUACCUUACUGAGGCCUUUACCUGUGGGCUCUAGAAAGCUUAGCAUUGGUAUCCAGUUGAACAGGCUAGCUGUGCCG